AUGACUGGUCCCUCUCCAGUGCGUUGGAUGGCUCCACCAGAUUCUUUUGUCAAAGUUAACUUCGACGCUCGUUUUUUGCUUGCACAGAAAAAGUCAUGGACAGGUGUUAUAAUCCGAGAUGGUUUAGGCCAUAUAAUGGGAGCUUAUAGAAAGGAAACGAAGAGAAUUACCUCAGCUUUCUCAGUAGAAGCACAAGCAGCUCUUCAUGCAAUUCAAUUCUCACUGGAGCUGGGAUUUGGGAGAGUCAUUAUAGAAGGUGAUUCCAAGUCGGUGAUCAACAAAUUAUCCUCCUUGGAGGAAAUCAGCGCCUGGAUCUGGGAAGCCCGUCGGAGAGCGGAAGGUUUCCAUGCAUGCUCGUUCCGUUUCACUCCUCGAAAUGGGAAUCAUGCAGCCCACCUCCUUGCUCAUGACACCGGAUCUGGGGAGCUCGAUCGCUACUGGAUAGAAGAAGCACCGCAAGCAGUGGAGCUCCAAGCGGCAGAGGACAGACGCUUUUUAGACCCCCCAUAG